AGACGAUUGGCAGCCGCUGCAAGAUCGGUACUCGCAUGGGUGUUCUUCAUCGAUACCUUGUACGGAAUGACUACAUAUGCAUCACGAAGGCAAGCAAACCCCUCAGCGCCAUUUAGCUGAGCUGUGGCAUCGAUAGUGAUAAUGCCAUUAGCGUACGAACCCUGAUUAAGAUCGAUUACGUACGGUACACGCUUACGGGAACUGACCUUUACGGCCGGGUCGCUCUUCAGCGAGCUCUGAUACAGAAAUUGAUCAGCGAGUUGGGUAUCGGUCAUAGUUGAUUGUAGUUAUAUCUGAGAUGAUAUAGCUUCCGUGAAAAAAUAAAUAAAUGGAGCUCAUUAAAGGGAUUAGCAGCGAUCAUGAUCUUAUAGCAUUAGCCGAGAAACUCAAUGUGCAUCUCGACGCUAUUUAUGAGUCAAAUGAGAUCCAAAAGCCACUUCCCAAGAAUGGUUCGUUCCUGAUACUUCUACGUAAGCCAAAUCAGGAUGUAGGGCAUUGGACGGCAGUCUAUAACCACGAAUACUAUGACUCUAUGGGUGAAGGGCCUCCGCGCGAGUAUGGUAUCAGCAAAUACAAUGAACUUCAAACUCAAUCAGCACAGGGAGAAUACUGUGGCAUAUGGUCGAUGCUAUGGUUAUACGCGAAGCAACAUAAUCUCAUGUACCGCGAAUUAACCAUUUCAAGCGGAGUCCCAGCUCGAAAAUUGCGAAAAGCUUUUCGUGAUGGCAAGCUAUCGCUCACAGCAGCCGAGCUACAGGGAUCAGGAGCUAAAUUACAUAUCCAUCCAGAAUCACAUGAGAAGGUGCUCAAAGCUAAGAAAGCCGGCCGUGGCGUUCGUCUCCAUAUCACGAGACAUGAAAUCAAAAAGGGGUACAAGAAGGCUCUUGGCUCGUCUGUCUGGAGCAAGAUCUGGCAUGGAAUCAAAUCCGGUUUCAAAUUCACCAAGGACAGUGGGUUACUCAGUAAGGCAGCCGAUGCCGCCGUUCCAGCGCUUGCGACUGCGCUUGGUCAACCAGAACUCGCAGUACCUGCCAGAGCAGGUCUAAAAACAUUAACAGGUGUAGGGCUGGAUGGGUAUGAUAGUGAUGAGGAGGGUGGUCGUAUCAGUAUGGCUGACGUAAGGAGACACGCUGGUAACGCUCUUCGUUAUGCUAAGGAACGAGGAAUUCUCACGGAUAUUGCCGAUGCUGGUGAACGAUAUUUAGUUAGCAAAUCUAAUAAGAAAGAACAUCAUGACAUGAUCCAUCAAGUUCGAAGGACGAUUAAAUCUCGCUAUGGUAUUGGGGUCUCUAAGCCACACAAGGCUAAGUUUGUGAAGGGUUCGCAAGCCGCAAAAGACCAUAUGGCUAAGCUUCGCGCUAUGCGCAAGAAUAAGCACGGAGGAAGUUUCACCAUGUAA